AUGCCAAGCCGAGCAGUCGUGAAUAAGUUGAAAGUUUGUGAGAUUCCAUCUGAAUUAAAAAGAUUAAAUAAUCUUGAAAAACAUUUGAUUGCUUUAAGAUUACCAUUUAUGAAAAUCGUAAAUUUAACAUCAGGAAAACUAUCAAGUAGAUUGACACAAAAAGGUACUAAAGGACCACUUCAUUGUGUGCCAUCAGAUGUAGAAGACACUGUAACUAUCUUACCUCGUCCAGUUGAUAAAUCCAUGAUGGUCCGAUUACAACUGAAACGACGACUAAAAUACAAAGCUGUAUGGGAAGAACAAUUAAUAAAUCCAAAUGAUGUAAGAGAUGCACUAUUUGUUUUAACUAAGAUGCAUCCAGGAUAUAAAAGCAUAAAGAUAAAUGAUAUUCAUGAAAAUUAUCUUACAUCUGAUCAAGAAAAAAACUAUGACAAUAAUAUUGAAUUAGUAGUUGAACCAAUGGAUGUUGACAACAUAUCAGAAGAAGCUGUCAUUGAACAAACAGAAGUAUCUAAUGAACAUAGUCUAAAAAGAUUAGCUUUGGGUGAUAUUGAUAAUACUAUUGAUAGUGAUGAAGAAAUCAAUGAAGAUGAUAAAGAUAUUCGUACUAAAUAUAAUAUUGGUACAGAUUCAUGUACUCAACCAUGUGAUUUUAAUGAUUUUUUAGUGUUUGAUAAAGAACCAUGCGUAGUGGCACCAGCUGAAAAAAAUAAAUUAAGUUCAUUAUUAACAGAUAAAAAGAUUGAAGCAUUAGCCUUUCCUCAUUUAUUUCCAGAUGGUCAAGGCUCAUAUGACGAAGAUCGUCAAACAAUUCUUAGAUGGAAAGAAUAUUGUAAAGCACGUUUAUUUUCAUC